GAUGCUAAGAAGGCUCUGAGUUGGGGCUCCAAGAUGAGUGUGACGUCAUGGUUCCUGGUCAGCAGCUCAGGCACAAGACACCGGUUGCCACCGGAGAUGAUCUUUGUGGGCCGGGAGGAGUGCGAGCUCAUGCUGCAGGUGUGUACGACGUCAAGAUUCCCUAAAAACACGGCACUUCGAUACAGCUACUACCGGAAGUGACUUUUUCGUAGCAGGUUAGGAGAACUUAUGCAGCAGGUUAGGAUAAUUAACAUAGCAAUUUAGGAGAAUUAGCUUAAGGUUAGGAAAAGGGUUAGGAUUAGCGAAAAUUAUCUCCUAACCUGCUAUGAAAAGUCACUUCCAGUCGUAGCUGUAUGGAGGUGGUGCGUUUUUAGGGAUUACCGUAUGACAUCCGUAGCACCUUCUGUUUAGACACCAAACACCAUCAGCCUGUCAUGUGACACUUAGCCAAUCAACUGUCCAUCCACCUUCUUGUGAAAGGACGUAGCCUAUAUUAGGGUCCUGACUCAAGGAAAGUAAGUUAGGUUAAUGUACGAGAGAUCUGUGGGAGAUGACCUGUGUGUACAUGAGAGGUGUUUAUUUGUGUUUGUGUGUUACAAGGGUGUUUUAAGAGCAGUGCCUGCUGGGAGAAUUGCCUCUGGCAAAUGUCAAAGCAAAAUGCAACUGACACAUUCCACCGUGCUAUUUUUCUCCAUGUUUUCUAGUUCUAGUUUUCUGUUUGGUAUCAUUUGGGAGUUUCUCUCUGUGUACUUCUCGCUCUUGCCUUCUCUCUGUAUUUAAGCCACUGGAAAAAAAGAAUUCUGUCUUGAAAAUAGUUUAUAAACUUUCCUCAGACUGUGGUCUGCUCAAAAUGACCAGCCCACCACAUCUGCUUGUAGAAUUGAAAAGUUGCUCUUGUCCACAUUCAGGCAUCACUGGCUCCAGCAAAACCUCAGCCUCUCCUAUUGGAAAUUAUGCUUACUUAUAAUCCCUCUUUUUAAGUGUGCAUGCUUUCUGGUCUGGCAUGUGCUAUAGCCCAAGCAUAUUUCAGUCUUGUCCCUUUUUGGCAUUGUACAAUCUUUUGUUUUUGUAUUUGCAGCACAAUGUAAAAUGACAAUACCCACAUAAACCGAAGUUUGGUGACUGUCUGUAACGUGAGCAUUCCAUUUGGCUUUUUGACAGAUGUGGAACUGGAGCCAUUUCAAGUGAAAGUUGUUUAGGGCCUUGAUGUUGUCUCUCCUUAACAGUUACAGUCUGUGUGAACAGUAUGUGCCUCCACAAGCCCAACAAGUAGGCCAUGAAGUCCCUAUAUAAAUAGAGCAACUGUAUUGGUCACUGUGCACAUCUGCACGGCUGUGGGGUGCCAGAGGUCGCAUUAGUCUCAGAUAAGAUAGAUUGACAUUCCUCUUGGAAAGUGGGGUAAUGUUGUAACUGAGUGGUGUUUUAUUGAUUAUUUGAGACCAGACUUUUUGAUGUCAAGGGCAAUUCCACGGUAACGGAACUUUCACUUAAAAUGUAUGCUAAACAAAAAAAAAUGAUUUCAAGUUUAACAAGUCAUACAACUCUAUGCACAAGGACCACUUUUAACAAUUUACACUGAAAAUUGUACAAAAAAAAACAUUUACUGGAAGAACUGUGCAGAUGCAAAGUUUGGUAAAAUAAUUUUGAUAAAAUCUCCAUCUGUUUUUUGUGUCCACACGUUUCCCAAAAACUCUGCAGAAAGAAUGGGGUGUCAGCUAUGACAUAACAUAUUGACUUUGAAAAAAUCUAUUUUGGUUAUUGAACUACAGUAAGUUGUGGAUUUACACCCAGUAACGGAAUUUCAUCAUGGGUCCCUGAUCUGUAAUACACAGAAGUGCAUAAUUAUGGAUAUGAAUGCCAUUCUCUUCAUGGUGAUGUAUCCUAAAUAGGUACACAGGUAGAAAUAUGUAAUAUCCUCCUUUGCAUAUUUGGAUAUUAUUCUACACACUGGCUAUUAUUUUAAUGAGCUCUGCCCCCAAACAAAACCAAAUUUGGUUGGUCCAGACCGGACCAAAUCUGAACCAAUCCAGGGCUUGACAUUCACUAUUUUUUUUGCCACUUGUAGGACAGAUUUUUUUAUAUAUAUUUUUUAAGCUCAAGUGACUUGGUCUGUAACACAAUUGUAUGAUGUAAGGAUGACACUUUACAAAUAAAAUGCAUGACAAUUUUUUUUACCAAAGACAAAAAUGUAGGCUACACUCUUCCUAUUGGCUUCUUUGCAUAUUCAAGCCUGUCUCAAAAUACAAUACUCCCCUUUUAAGGCUCUCCUGGAGGAUGGUUGGCCACCCUUGGUAGUCUAUAAAAUAUACUUUUUUAAAAAUGUUUUUAUAAAAUAAUUCCCUCCAGGGCUCGAAAUUAUGGGCAUCCCAUCACCCAAAAAAUAUACGGUUAAAAACAGACUCUGGGACAGUUCUUGGACAACCAAUCCAAAAUUCAUACAACCACUGCACAUAAACAUUUUUUUAAAGCAAUGAGGCUGUUUAGCUUAAAAUGUUGAUAAUGUUUUAUUUCUUCAUAUUAUAAGCUCAACAAUGCGUACAUGGCUAUAGGUUAUGAGCGAAUGUUCCAAAAUGCAAUUAGCGGGAAAACACAAUUCUCAUGUGACAGAUAUGAAAAUAUGUGGAGUGUUGCAUAUUUAAUCUUUGGUCUCUUUCUCCCCCAAAUGAACUUCUUUAUGACAGAGUCAAGUUUAGAACAAUAACCUAUAGGAGGCGGCAGUGGUAACAUGGAAUUCAUAAAAUUGAUACAAGGGUGGACAUUCAUUUGAAUAAUUGAGGUUCUAGCAUUCAAAGAAGUGGCCAUAGCGGUUAAUCUUUUUAUGUAUUUUUUGAUCUUUUGAAAGGUUUCUAAGUAGUUAUUCCUGCAAGUAGUGUGAAUAGCGGGGGAUAUGGUAAUGUAUAAGUAGGUGAUUUGCUUCUUCACACGGAUCAUGGGUGGUAGUUGCACGCUUCCCAUAGCUGAGUUAAGAGGUAGUGGAGCUGAUUUGGACCAGUUUAUCUUGUAACCAGACCAUGGGCUGAAUGCUGUGAAAAUAGACAUUAUUGGCUGGAGGGAUUUCUGAGCGUUUGCGACGUAGAGCAUUAUGUCAUCUGCAUACAGAGAAAUUGCAUGUUCAGUUUGUUUGAUUUUGAUAUGCGAGGAAGACGAAUUUUGACUUAUGCUUUGUGCCAGAGGUUCAAGAGAGAGAGCAAAUAGCAUAGGGGAGGCGGGACAACCUUGUUUACAUCCUCGUUGAAUGGUAAAUGGAUUAGAAUGGGUAGUGCCAGUAGAUAUAAUAAAAGAAGGAUUCACAUACAUGGUCCCCUGUAGCUCAGUUGGUAGACCCUUUAAUAAACCCUGUUUGGUCAGGAUGGAUGAGCUUGUUAAUAACUUUCUCUAGGCGCAUGGCUGGAACUUUGGCAUACUGUGCAUUCGGAAAGUAUUCAGACCCCUUCCCCUUUUCCACAUUUUGUUACGUUACAGCCUUAUUCUAAAAUGAAUUAAAUAAAAACUGCUCCUCAUCAAUAUACACUCAAUACCCCAUAAUGACAAAGCGAAAGGUUUUCAGAAAUUUUUGAAAAUGUAUUAAAAAUAAAAAACAGAAAUACCUUAUUUGCAUAAGUAUUCAGAACCUAUGAGACUUGAAAUUGAGCUCAGGUGCAUCCUGUUUCCAUUGAUCAUCCUUGAGAUGUUUUUACAACUUGAUUGGAGCCCAUCUGUGGUAAAUUCAAUUGAUUGGACAUGAUUUGGAAAGGCACACACCUGCCUAUAUAAGGUCCCACAGUUGACAAUGCAUGUCAGAGCAAAAACCAAGCCAUGAGGUCGAAGGAAUUGUCCGUAGAGCUCAGAGACAGGAUUGUGUCGAGGCACAGAUCUGGGGAAGGGUACCAAAAAAAUUCUGCAGUAUUGAAGGUCCCCAAGAACACAGUGGCCUCCAUCAUUCUUAAAUGGAAGAAGUUUGGAACCACCAAGACUCUUCCUAGAGCUGGCCGCCCAGCCAAACUGAGCAAUUGGGGGAGAAGGGCCUUGGUCAGGGAGGUGACCAAGAACCCGAUGGUCACUCUGACAGAGCUCCAGAGUUCCUCUGUGGAGAUGGGAGAACCUUCCAGAAGGACAACCAUCUCUGCAGCACUCCACCAAUCAGGCCUUUAUGGUAGAGUGUGCAGACGGAAGCCACUCCUCAGUAAAAGGCAAAUGACAGCCCGCUUGGAGUUUGCCAAAAGGCACCUAAAGGACUCUCAGACCAUGAGAAACAAGAUUCUCUGGUCUGAUGAAACCAAGAUUGAACUCUUUGGCCUGAAUGCCAAGCGUCACAUCUGGAGGAAACCUGGCUCUAUCCCUACGGUGAAGCAUGGUGGUGGCAGCAUCAUGCUGUGGGGAUGUUUUUCAGUGGCAGGGACUGGGAGACUAGUCAGGAUCGAGGGAACGAUGAAUGGAGCAAAGUACAGAGAGAUCCUUGAUGAAAACCUGCUCAGGACCUCAGACUGGGGCAAAGGUUCACCUUCCAACAGGAGAACGACCCUAAGCACACAGCCAAGACAACGCAGGACUGGCUUCAGGACAAGUCUCUGAAUGUCCUUGAGUGGCCCAGCCAGAGCCCGGACUUGAACCCGAUCUAACAUCUCUGGAGAGACCUGAAAAUAGCUGCGCAGCAACGCUCCCCAACCUGACAGAGCUUGAGAGGAUCUGCAGAGAAGAAUGGGAGAAACCCCCCAAAUACAGGUGUGCCAAGCUUGUAGCUUCAUACCCAAGAAGACUCAAGGCUGUAAUCGCUGCCAAAGGUGCUUCAACAAAGUACUGAGUAAAGGGUCUGAAUACCUAUGUAAAUUUGCUAAAAUGUCUAAAAACCUGUAUUUGCUUUGUCAUUAUGGGGUAUUGUGUGUAGAUUGAUGAGGGGAAAAAAAACAAUUUAAUCCAUUUUAGAAUAAGGCUGUAACAUAACAAAAUGUGGAAAAAGUCAAGUGGUCUGAAUACUUUCCGAAUGCACUGUACAUCUUCAUUUCUGUUCCGAUUAAACUGAUUGGCUGUAAAUUAGCACAAUUUGUGAGUUAUUUUCCUUUCUUAGGGAUUAGGGAUAUAGUAGCUGUGUUGAUGUCUCUGUGGAAUUGUUCUUUUUCAAUAGCAAUGUUAAGCGAUUCAAUAAUAAUUGGUCAUAGCUCAUCCCAAAAGUUGUGAAUGAGUUCAGGAGAUAUUCCAUCAAUACCAGACGUUUUAUCUUUCUUCAUAUUUAAAAGAGCAGCUUUCAGUUCAGAUAAAGUGACUGGUUCCUCUAAUAAAACUGUUUAUUUCUGAAAAAGUUUGGGCAACGUAAGGUUCUCCAGGAAGUAUCAAAGCUAUGUGAAUAACUGAAUAAUAUGCUCUAAAAGUUGCUCAGAAAUCAGUCCCUUAGUAGGGGAUCUAAAUAGCUGUAUUGAUGAUCUUGUUUCAGCAUGUUUAAGAUGCAGCGCCAGUAAGUGGCUAGGCCUACUCCCUUGAAAAUAGUGUUUUUGUCACACCCUCUGCAUAAUGAAUUCUGCUCUGUCAAAACAGGUCAUUAAGUUCCAGUCUACUUAUUUAUAGCUACAUUUCUCUCUCUGUUGAAUAGUUGUCUUCCAGCAUUUUCCAAUGACUUCUGAAGUCUUCAUUUCUGUAAAUUAGAGGGAAAAUGUGUAGUGUAUACCAUAGUUGAGUCCUCCACUGAGUGAUAAUUUAUUUCUAAAAAUGAUUUUAAAUUGGAUCUAAACUGAAAGAUGAAGUCAGUUGUGUAGUAAAGUAUUAUUAAACCAUCUCAGUGCACAUUUUUUCAUUGGGAAGAUUUGAAAUGUACAAAAGAAUGGGAUUAUGGUCAGAAUGUUUUUUAUAAAUUCCAUGUUACCUUUAAUAUCAGUAGAUAUUCUCGAGAAAAGUCUAAAAUCUAGCAGAAAAGCAUGUAUAGUCCUUAGUUGUGGGAUUAUGAAAUCUCCAACAGUCAUUAAGAUUAAGAUCUUUAAGAAAUUGUUUAAGUGCAUUGGAAGCAUUCACUUGUGAUGAGCUAUGAGAAGGUCCAGAUCUACGCUACCAGUCAAAAGUUUGGACCCACCUACUCAUUCAAGGGUUUUUCUUCAUUUUUACUAUUUUUUACAUUGUAGAAUAAUAGUGAAGGGUGGCUAUUUUGAAGAAUCUCAAAUAUAAAAUAUAUUUUGAUUUGUUUAACACUUUUUUGGUUACUACAUUAUACUAUAUGUGUUGUUUCAUAGUUUUGAUGUCUUCACUAUUAUUCUACAAUGUAAAAAAAUGUAAAACUAAAGAAAAACCCUUGAAUGAGUAGGUGUGUCCAAACUUUUGACUGGUACUGUAUCUAGCUUAGAAUCAAUAAUGGCAUUCAUGCCAGUUCCAAUAAUAAGCGUAUAAUCUGAUCAAUUGAGCAGGCUUCUGGUUACAGAAGGGAGAAAAUCUUUGUCAUAUGAGUUAUAAGCAUCAAUAGAUACAAAUGCUAUUUUACUUCCAUACAGAGUGGAACAUAUGUAAGUAAAUCUGCCAUGUUUAUCAUUUCCACUUUUUUCAAUUGUAAGGGGUAGAUUGCAUUUAUGUAGAAUAAGCACCCCUUUAGAUUUAGAUAUGAAGCAGGAGGCAGCUGCCAGUUUGUAGUCUUUAAAAAAAAAAAAAAAAAGGUAUAUGGACAUCACCCUCUAAAAGAUGUGUGUUGUGAUGUAUUUCUGGUAGAUGUUUUCUAAGACCCCCUUUCCAUCUGUUUGACCAGAAAUAUCAAAGCCUUUGCUUUUUCCUAAUUUAUAGGAUCGAAAAUGGUUGGAAAAUGUAUAUAUGCCUCCAUCUAAAAAAUUUAUACAAUAAUCUUAGCUUUCAUUUAACACCCAAUUUUGAUAUGCUCCAAUGAACUUCAUGUUGAUGCUCAUGGAUCCUUUUACAUGGACAUUACCCAAUACUGUAGAGCUUUCAAAGUGUUGAUGGUAAUACCAAACAAACCAGGAUAAUCGUACUAGGCAUUGCUUCAAUUUAUAAUUGCCCACUGCUGAUUUGAGAAAGGAAAAUAGCUACUCCAUAAAACUAGAGCCUCUAAAAUCUCCAAAUUAGUGGUUAACCAGUGGAGGCUCCUCAGAGGAGGAAGGGGAGGACCAUCCUACUCAGUGAACUUCAUAAAAAUUGUGCAACAUUAAUAAAGUUAUCCUUUUUAGAUAAAACUACUAAAUAUAUUCACGUCACCAAAUAACUGAUUUAAAAUACACUGUUUUGCAAUGAAGGUCUACCUGAAGGACAUGUACCUGAAUUUGUCCAAUAGAAACACUAGUUUUGGUUCCAAAACGUAAAGUUUUGCAACUGUUUGGACUAACGAUUACACCCUAGAUGAGCUAGAUGCAGGCAAGCGUGUGCAAGGUGGUAUUGAAUGUGUCACUGUCUGUCACCUUGAUUACUCCAAUUUGUCUCUCGACAUGUGCACCUACGUUAAACUUUCAUUUGUAGGCUAGGUUGUAGCAACCUCAUGAUGAGUAUAGGGACAAUUUGAGAGUCAUGUAGUAGCCUAAGCCUAUGUUACAUUGAGCUGGGUGAAUGGAAUAUGAAUGACAGUCAUCCAAUAUCCUGUAAUAGAAAUAAGGCCAUGCUCAUAAAAAAAAAAAGAUUGUCCUCCCUAAUCUUAAAUGGCACCGACUGCCACUGUGGUUAACAUGCAGUAGGUGACAACAAUAUGAAUGAACGAUAGUAACAGUAAUAACUAAACAAAUGAGUUAGGUGGGUGAAAGGUCUGUCUUUGAUGUGGUGAAGAGGAGGCCUGGAGUGGAUAAUGAGUGGAAGAGAGAGAGAGAGUGGCUCAGCCUGCCGUAAUUACUGCUUUUGUUCUGCCCGUUAAUUAAUGAGCAGAACUACAGUAGAGCUGUCUUUCUAAUCCUCCUGCCCUGCCGGCUGGUGGCUUGUUGAGGACAGGGAUGAUUGGUUGAGUUGUGUAAAGUGCUCUCCUUGCCUGUUCAGUGUCAGACUUGGGUCGUCUUCAUCCAGCGGGUACCAGAAUGACCCGGCUUGUAUUGGUUAGGAGUAAUAGUGAUUCUUUGCAGGAAUGUAAGCAAACUCAAAGGCCUAUCUGUUUGACUAUGAGCACAGUUAUCUACUGUACAUGCAUGUAGCCUUCAUUGCAGAUAUUUUGUUUCACUGCUUAAACUCAUGACAGUAUCCAAUCUCUGAGGUUUCUUAGCCAUUGCCCAUCAGUAUGAGAUGCUCAGGUAUGUUCUCUGUCUUGUUUUACAGUCGCGCAGUGUGGACAAGCAACAUGCUGUCGUCAACUACGACCCAGCCACAGACGAGCACAUGGUGAAGGACCUGGGCAGCCUGAACGGGGUGAGUCUCAUCUUGUCCCCUGCAUACAUGUUGAAUAAAGGAUCCAGCUAGCCACUUCAUGGAGGGUCCAGAGGACCACUACCAGUCCCCCAGGCUUUAGCACAAAAGAGCCCUCUCUCAGUGCCAGAGACAGUUGCUAGAGCAGCAAUGAGCACAGCAUUUUCUGCUGGCCUGGGCCUUUUCUAUGGUCUCCUUCUUUCUCUCUCUCUACCCCUCUCUCUGUCUUUUUCGCUCUAUUUCUGCCUCACUCUCUCUCUUUCUCUCUCUCCCUCCCCCUGACGCCUCCCGCUUUACUAUUGCCACUUCAUUGCACUGUUCCAGCAAAGCACAGGACUGAGGAGAGGGAAAGACUGUCCAUUGUUUCACUGUAGUGUUUCUCUUGGCACCAGCAGUUGGAGCAGCCAACUCUAAACAGAGCAGAAUAGAAUGUCAGAAGCAUGUUACUGAAAUGUGUCAUGGCAGUUUGUUUUCCUAUUACUUUGACAAUUAUCUUUAUUUAGUCUACUUAUGGUGGUGAGCCCUUUUUUAAGCACUGUUAGGCUAUAGCCUUCCACUAAGCGAUACUUGAUACAGUAUCUAUACCUCUGGAUUGUGGGUUUAAUUUAGAUUAUGCAGAGUGUAAUGUAAUUAAGUCGUGUAGCUUUUGCUGGUGUGUGAGUGCUCUCAGAGUUAGCCUGCUCUCUACCCACCUGUCCCCUGACUGCCUUCCUGAGCCUACUCAGGGCAGAUGGCCAUUGCAUAACUGCAUAAUCUCAUUAAUCCCUUAAUUUACAGGUAGUAUAUCUUACAUUUCACUAGGAGACAGGCAACUGCUAAGCAGCACCUAGCUAGGAAAACUCCAGAGGAUGUGUGUGCAAUGGAAUGACCUGUUGCCAGUGUGACAACUAACUCUUUUAUCAUCAGUAUCUGUUUUUAUUCCAAUGGCAGUGAACUAAUCAUGAUUGUUGAUUUUUCUGAAGCUUUUAAUGUAAACGCACCAAAACAAACAGUUUUAUCUAUUUUCUCCCUAGACUUUUGUGAAUGAUCUGAGAAUCCCAGACCAGACUUACAUCACCCUGAAGCCCUCUGAUGUCAUCCGCUUUGGAUAUGAUAUCCUUUUGAUUAUCUGA